AUGGAUACCACUGGCUCCGUCGAUAACACUCGAGCCCGCGAGCUUCCGCAAGAGAAGGAUACCUCGGAGCGCAUAGCCAUCCAGGCCCGAGAUCUGACAACCCGUGGCCUCGAAUUCCUCUCCAACGCCAGCAAUGAAACCCUUGGAGCAUGCAUCAUUGGACUUGGGGCUGUCACGUGGCUGGUACUGGGAAGGGUUGGGCUUGUCUUGAUAGGCAUUGUCGGAGGAGUGGUAUUACAUGCUACAUGGGAAGGGGAUAUUGAGAACAAUGCGAACGACGAAGCCAGAGCACUGGAAGCCAGUAAGAGGAGGAAGAAGGGUCUCGAUAUUGUUAUGAGGGUACUGGAAUGGAAGGAGAGAAAAGAAGUGGGCCGUGAACUUGACGGUGUGCGAGAUGCGCCAACUGCAGCACCCUCACAGAAGGAGCUGGAUUUUCCUGGCUUUCCACCCGAGACGAAGGGUGCUUUGAUCAAUUUGGUUGACACUAUUAUACGCGACUAUGUAAAAUGGUGGUACUCGCCGGUCCUUCCUCUGGAGAACGCCUUCCCACUCGCCUGCCGACAGACGUUGACCGGCUUUCUGCUGGCGGUAUCAAACCAUUUAUCUCGCAAGCGACCCGCAGACACGUUCCUAGAAUUCGUGACAAAUUCUUCAUCCAUCGUCAUUGUCUUCCUUAGCGAGCUUUCGAGUGCGCUCAAGUCUCCGGCACCCUCUGGCGGUGCAUCAGAAUCUGUACGCCGUUACCUAGAGGCCAACCCCAGCAGCAGUCUCGCCAACGUACUAGAUGUCGAACAACAGAACAAGAAACUCAAAGCAGUGGCUCAGGACAUACUACAUACAUUCCUGGACCGAAAGGUGUACGAAUGUGAACCGGUGUCGGUGUUCCUGCGAGAGAUUCUGGCCAGUGUGAUCCUUGAAAUGACAGUGACGAGCUGCUCAAAACCAGAAUUCAUCAACGAAUGGAUCAUUUACGGUCUUGAGGAAAGUGAUACUGAGAUUCUCCAAGCCAUAGAUGCAGGCGUUGGAGGAGCUACUGCUAAUGGAGAUGUCAAAGGCGCCGUUGAGGCAGCGAAAAACGGAGUGUCUGACAGCCAAGUCAAGUCUGCCGAGUCACCUGAUGCUCAGACGCAAGCGAAGACUGAGCACAAAAGAACGGUCAGCAGGGCGGAAGAAGCUAUGGACGAAGCGAUGCAAGAGGCGCAAAGGCUCAGCGAGCUGAUUGCUGCAGAGGACGUCAAGAAUCAGCAAGCUUCCGAAGAAUAUUUAUCUUCUGGAGAGACCACCGACGCUGUCGCAACGCCCACAUCUUCGCGAGAUGAUCUCUCAGCAAUGGCCAACAGCUCUUCCUCAGCAUUAGCUGUUGAUGACGAGACAGGAACGGAUUUCGAGUCCAAGAUCGCAGAAUCAAGCCCCAGCUUCACAACAUUUGAUCAAAUAAUAUCCUCGCAGCAGCCGACUGCUCUUAGGGACUCAGAGACACAGUCAUACGAAGUGCCACCAUUGACCCUAUACAAUGCUAGCGUCUCCAUUUUUGACGAUUCUGUACCUGGGGAGAAAGGUAACUUGCGAUCGAAACCUACAGCUGAGUACCUACUGCAAAUCGAACCUGCGACAUCUCAAUAUCCAGGUUGGAUGAUUGCACGUAUCUAUUCGGACUUUGAGACACUGCAUGAAGUCUUACGGCGCAUAUCUGUAAUUUCCGGAGUUGCCGCUUUCGCAGAAAGGCACCCAACUGUGCCGGCUUGGAAGAACAAGACUAAAUCUGCUCUGCGUUCCGAGCUGGAAUUCUACCUUCGCAGUGCGCUAUCAUUCCAGCGAUUGGCCGAAAGCGAAGGCAUGAAGCGGUUCUUGGAGAAGGAUCAAGGUAUCGGACGAUCAUCUCCCACUGCGAAGCAGGGCGGCUUCGGUUUCCCAAGUCCAGCAGCGUUCGAGACAAUGGGCAAAGGCAUGCUUGAUGUGCUUUCCAGCGCCCCGAAAGGAGCCGCUGGUGGCGGCAAAGCUCUCCUGGGCGGCGUCACUGGCGUCUUGGGGGGUGUAGGGUCUAUUGGGCAGAGAAAGCAGACUUCGAAGAGCCCAGUGCCGCGAUCAGUGAAUGGUUCUACCUCAGCGCUGCCCCAUAUAGACAGUGAUAGACUGGCGAGACCAAGCUUCGUCCAGGAACGAGAAUCACAGGAGAGUGCAAGCUCCUCGGCCAAUGCCCAAACGGAAAGCAUGAAACCUCCUCCUUUGCCUCGUCGACCCAGCCAGUCCGCACCUGACCAUCAAUUGGAUCUCAAAGUCAGCGCGGCCCAUCCGGCAGAUGGGGUACCGUCAGAAGUGCGGUCCAAAGACAACAUCCCAGCAUUUCUACAGCAUGACGAGGAGAACGAACUUCACCUACCACCUCCGCCUAGCGAGAUAGCUGAUGACUACAAGUUUUCGCAAGGCUCGCCUCGGCCAUCAGUCUCCAAUGAUGACAGCAGCACUUUCCGUACAUCCAUAAGCACCGCCCCUACCACGCAAGCUUCACAAUCCCGGAAGAGUACCCUUUCUUCCGUCACACCUGGCGAGCCACCCGCUCCCAUCUUAAAACAGCCGCCGUCUAUUCGGACUGCUCUACCCCUGACCAGCCAGGAAACGAGCAUUGCAGUAGAGCUCUUCUUCGCCACAAUUAACGAACUUUAUGCUCUUUCCUCCGCAUGGACUCUCCGCCUCACCCUCCUAAACGCCGCGAAGUCCUUUCUGCUCCGUCCUGGUAACCCAAACCUCGAAGCCAUUCGCGUGUUGCUUCAAAAAACCAUUAUCGACGCCAAUACAUCUGACAGUGGCAUAGCCACUCAUCUCAACAAACUACGAGAAAACGCGUUACCGACAGAAGAAGAGCUUAAGGCGUGGCCGGCACCACCAAGCGAAGAGGCAAAAGAGCGUAUGAGAGUAAAGGCUAGGAAGCUGCUUGUAGGGAAAGGCAUGCCGCAGGCUUUGACCAGUGUCAUGGGAGCAGCGGCUAGUGGAGAGGCGCUGGGCAGGGUUUUCGACUGUUUGCAGGUCCCCGAAGUGGCAAGGGGUCUGGUGUUUGCAUUAGUAUUGCAAGGAGUCAGGGCUGUUACACAAUGA